GCACCACUUUCUCUUUCUCUUACUAUAUAUUCCUCUCUUCACAACACACAUUGUGGCAUGAACAUUGACCAGUGUUGACAAUAUGGAAAGCUCCAGAGAGUUGGCAGCACCACUGCUAGUGCUGAGAAAGAGUGGCGAGCAAGAGAAUAAUAAUGGGGUGGAGAGUACAUUUUGCCAAGAGUUCAAGAGGGUAAGCUCCAUGGCGGCUCCAAUGGUGGCUGUCACGGUGUCGCAGUACCUUCUACAAGUUGUGUCUUUGAUGAUGGUGGGACAUCUUGGGAUACUGGUCUCCUUCUCUGGAGUUGCUAUUGCUACCUCUUUUGCUGAAGUCACCGGAUUUAGUGUCCUUUUGGGAAUGUCCGGUGCAUUGGAAACUUUAUGUGGGCAAACCUAUGGUGCGGAGGAGUAUAGGAAGUUUGGAAACUACAUUUGGUGUGCGAUUGUGACUCUGACAUUGGUUUGUCUCCCGAUAUCUCUGGUGUGGAUAUUCACUGAUAAAAUACUCAUGCUGUUUAGUCAAGACCCUGAAAUUUCUCAUGCAGCUCGUGAGUACUGCAUAUACCUUAUUCCAGCUCUAUUUGGCCAUGCUGUUCUUCAAGCUCUCACUCGCUACUUCCAGACUCAGAGUAUGAUCUUUCCCAUGGUUUUCAGCUCAAUCACCGCACUGUGUUUGCAUGUUCCUAUUUGUUGGGGUCUGGUUUUUAAGUUGGGACUGAGACACAUUGGAGCUGCAUUAGCCAUUGGAGUCUCGUAUUGGUUGAAUGUGGUUUGGCUUGCAAUUUAUAUGAUCUUCUCUCCGGCUUGUCAAAAGACCAAGAUUGUCUUUUCUAGUAACGCUUUACUUAGCAUUCCAGAGUUCUUGAAAUUAGCUAUCCCUUCCGGACUCAUGUUUUGUUUUGAAUGGUGGUCCUUUGAGGUGCUUACAUUACUUGCGGGGAUUUUGCCUAAUCCUCAACUCGAAACCGCAGUUCUGUCAGUCUGCCUUAACACAACCACAUUGCACUACUUUAUUCCUUAUGCUGUUGGAGCCUCUGCAAGCACUCGGGUUUCAAAUGAACUGGGGGCAGGGAAUCCAAAGACAGCAAAAGGUGCAGUUCGAGUGGUUGUGAUUCUCGGGGUGGCAGAGGCAGUUAUUGUGAGCAGUGUCUUCAUUAGUUGCCGACAUGUAUUAGGAUACGCGUACAGCAAUGAUAAGGAGGUAAUCGAUUACGUUGCAGAGAUGGCUCCACUCUUGUGUGUGUCUGUUACUGCCGAUAGUCUAAUUGGAGCACUAUCAGGGAUUGCGAGAGGGGGAGGAUUCCAGGAAAUAGGGGCCUAUGUGAACCUGGGAGCCUAUUAUCUUGUGGGAAUUCCAAUGGGUUUGUUAUUGGGUUUUCAUCUGCAACUAAGAGCCAAGGGCCUUUGGAUGGGAACUCUAUCAGGCUCUCUUACACAAGUCAUUAUUCUUGCUAUUGUAACAGCACUAACGGAUUGGCACAAAGAGGCAACUAAAGCGAGGGAGAGAGUAGUUGAGAACUCAAUUAAAGUUCACUAUGAAGCUUAAGAAAACUGAAAAAUAAAUGAUGUUUUGGUUUCUGCAUGGACUGUCAUCUGCGGUGGGGUGGAAAGAUAGAGUCAUAUAGAGGAUAGUGAGUGUGGCCCAGUUGUAUCUGUUUUUUUGGUGAAGAGAUUUAAUUAUGUUAACAUACACAACUUGUUGGUGUGAAUAUGUGAUGGGAUUUUUGUACUGGAUUUGUGCCUCUGGCGUCUGAUAAAUCAGAUGCCACAAAUUUAAUGAAUAUGCUUCAGCCUUCAGUUACA